AUGUCCAUGUGCUUUUGUUCAGACUACGGCCUAAACUACGGCAUCAUCCUGUUGGACUCCCGCUGGGAGAACACCAUCGGCGAGUUGCGCAUGAAUGAGAGCUUCAGCAACCCGAAGGUGCUGGUGAACAUUCUCCACAACAAGGGCUUCAAGAUCAUGCUGCAGCUGUCGCCGAACAUUGCCCUGCGCUCGCCACUGGUGGACAGCGCCUCGCCCUACCUGAUGCUGGACUCGAAUCUGCGCUCGCCACUGCUCAGUCGGUGUCUCUCCGACCAGGCGCACAUCUGCGCCACCAUCAACUUCACCAACCCCGACAAUGGCGAGGCCUUCCGGGCCAACGUCAAACGGGAGCUGCUCAGCCAGAACGUCGGCCUCUCCGUGGACGGCCUCUUCUUCCAGGGCAUUCAGUCAUCGCUGCAGCCGAGGUACAUCAACUUUGGCCGCAGCAUCAACCCGGACCAGUUCAUCGAGCACAGCAAUGCCGCCAUCCGCAGUCUGCCCACCGCCAUGGGCAUCUCCACCUCGGUCAGCGCCAGCAGCUUUUUCGGCUACGUGUCGAUCGCCUCCCGGGACUCCACUUGGCGGGCACUGCAGAGCAUCAUUCCCUCGGUGCUGACGCUGGGCCUGCUCGGCUACCCGCUGGUCAACUCGGACACCGUCGGCGGGCAGCAGCUCUUUACGCUGCUGAAGAACGAGACCGACUACAUCAACAAGGAGCUGUACCUGCGCUGGUUCCAGCUGGCCAUUUUCCUCCCCGUGGUGCAGUUUGCCGAGCCGCCGGGCGGCAACGACCUCGACGUGAUCAAGAUCGCCAAGCGACUGCUCAAGCUCCGGGGGGAGCACUUUCUGCCGGCGAUGAAGGCCGCCCUGGUGGAGUACUACGAAAGGGGCUCGCCCAUCAUUCGGCCGAUGUGGUGGACGCAGAAGGAGCCCGAGGCGUACCUCAUUCGAGACCAGUUCUACGUGGGCAACAAUAUCAUCGUGGCGCCCAUUACAUUCGAGGGCAAGACGGAGCGGGACAUCUACCUGCCCAGUGGCUGGUGGAAGGACGAAAUUCUCGCUCAGGUACCAACAUUAUCAUCAAGUCGUUCAUUUUAG